AUGUUGCUCGAGCGCCUGACAUGCCUAACGCGGUCCAAUGGCAUCAUCCAAGGGUCCAAGACGGCUCCGACGAUGCCGCUAGACGGCUUGGACGAGACCGCGUUCAGCCCAACGAAUCCCUGGGACAUCCGCGACCGUCAUACAUUUCGCGCCCACCGACCUGCCCCGUACUGA